CUCGCUGAAACUGGAAAAACAAAAAAACAAAUUGAAGAGCUCCAGCUACAGAUGGCUUCGUAUUUAGAAGACUAUGUAAUAAGCAACCUGUCAUAACGCGUUAUCAGUUUUAAUUACCCUGCAUCCAAUAUAUCAAAAAAUUUAUUAUUUUUUUAUGUGUGGUAAUUAAAUAAAAAGAACAUAGGGGUGUGCGAUGAUACACGCAGUCGAACUUCCUCAAGACCUUUCAAGUUCUUCUCCUAUACUUCAGUUUAGUUACGUGUGUACACAGGCGUUGCUUUCCACACGACGAAAUUGCAUAUGCCAAAAUAUCGAGCGAAGUUUGAAGUUUGAAACAAAGAAAAAACAACACCAGGCGUCUGUAAUAAACAUCUGCCGGUAGAAGUGUCAUCUAUCACUAGUGUGCGAUUGGUUGCCUAAAACCGUAUUUUGUAAUGCUGCCAUGGGCCAGUGUUAAUUAUCCAAAAGACGCCAAAAGUGCGUUUCAUCCACCUUGGUCCUCACAAUCUGCAGAUGGCGUUUUUGCGAUCAAUUUAUACUUAGUACAAAUUAACUCAUUUUUUCGGGUUUGACUGCUGUUAAAAACCCCUCUGUGUUUCAAUUCAUCAUGGAAUCGGCUGCGCUGAACUCAAACUUGUCAGAAAAAAAGACAGACAUAGUGUGUUAUAACAUGAACGCUGACUACUUCAAAACUGGCGACUUUCUCGACUGGUAUAUCGCUAACUCCGUGCUCUGCGCAAUCUUAGCCAUCGCCACAACAAUGGCAAACUUGUGCAUUCUUAUAAUCAUCUGGAGAACUUCCUAUCUACACACACCUUCAAACGUCAUUCUUUUUUCCCUCGCGCUGUCUGAUCUUGGUGUCGGUUUAUUGGCUCAGCCAGUGGCUGUGGUUAACACCGUGGCUAAAAUCCAAGGACUCAUCAACACGGCUUGUAUUUCUGGAGAAGCUGUGGCUGCCUUAUCGACUUAUCUAUGCGGUGUGUCUUUGUUAACCGUCACGGCAGUGAGUAUUGAUCGAUAUCUGGCGCUGCAUCUUCACCUCAGAUAUAAACAAUUGGUAACAAAUAAGCGCGUUAUAGCACUGCUCGUUUUGACAUGGUUGCUCGUGGCUCUUGUUUUACUAACGUGGUUGUGGUAUCCUCGGUUUAUCUUAGGCUUAGGUAUAGCUGUUGGCUGUAUCUGUAUUCUUAUCACAUCCGGUUGUUUCUUUCGUAUCUACCUGGUUUUGCGAUAUCACUUUAGGCAAAUCAGUAUCCAGACCCAUCCUAAGACUGAGAAUCAGGAAUCAAAUGAAGCACUCAACUUGACACACUACAGGAAAUCAGUCUUAGGCAUGUUCAUGGUUUAUCUCGUCUUACUGUUCUGUUAUCUCCCUUACCUCAGCGUGGCUUGUGUGGUGGCGGUACAAGGCAUUAACACAACCAAUCGGCUUUUGUUCGAGCUGGCGAGAACUCUUGUUUAUGCGAAUUCUGCUAUUAAUCCUUUCAUAUACUGUUGGCGUCUCCAAGAUAUAAGAACCGCCGUGUUACAACGUUUGCCUUGUGUUUAACGAUUGACCUUCAUCGAUAGUCUAGGCUUGCACCAUUUGUCCGGUCUUUCUUGCUUAAGGAACCAGUUCCCAUUGCCGUUUGCAGAGUCGGGCAUAAGGCCAGCAAUCCUACAACUGCAAUCAUUUUUGCAAUUCCGGUUUCUGCACUGCGCCAACUUCUUCGCGAAUUCGAUUGCUAUGGGCGCCCACCGUCAACUAGAUCGUGGAGAUCGUUCUGCGUUUUAACAAUAGAACUGGUUAGCUUUUAAUAUUUUUGUUGAACAUUGUAAUUUUUUUUUUCAGCAAGGGUUUUCCUGAGGAAAUAUUCGAUUAUUAUUAAGAGUGAGUACAAAUAAAUAUUAAAAGGUUGAGCUCAUGAUUAGUUCAACCAGCCAGGAAACAGGUUUAUUGAGUGGUGUGUACCAGACUGGUACGAAUUGCUUAUUGGUACUAGUAAAGGACAUUAAACGCUCUGAUCUGUUUUAUACAGCCAGCGAUUCCAAAUAACAUGAUUGCUCUUCCGUACGGCACACUAACAAACACCCUGACACCCUGCUACUGAAUAGCCUACUCGGAUGUAUCAAUCUGCUUUCCUUGUCUCGUACUCAUCGACAGGUUCGUCAUAUAAACACCUGCUUAAGGU